AUGUUACGUCGUCUAUUAUCUACUUCACCGUCGAGUAGUCGGCUCAAACCCACUAUUCGUCAACUCCUCGCUCGCUCAGUCAGAGACGGCCAGUUUGAUGGCCAAAGCGUGCAAGUGAACGGCUGGGUGAAAUCUAUUCGGCACCAAAAAAGGGUCGCAUUUGCGGUCCUGCAGGAUGGCACGUCGGCCGAUUCGCUACAGGCCGUGUUCACGAACCCAGCUUUAGCGGCAUCGUUGACGAACGGAUGUAGCGUCAGUGUCAAGGGAAAACUGCAGCACAGUCCCGGGAAAGGGCAAGAUACAGAACUGAGCGUUGAAGAGAUUCAGAUCCUUGGUCCGUGUGACUCAGCCGAAUAUCCAAUUCAGAAGCAGGCUCUACCUGUCGAAUAUCUGAGAGACCAUGCACAUCUCCGAACGCGCACCGCUCAUGCAGCGGCAGUCAUGCGGCUACGGGAUCAGACUAUGAGGUCUCUUCAUCAAUAUUUCGAGGCAAAUGACUUCUCUUAUGUUCAUACGCCCAUUAUCACCUCCAACGAUGCGGAAGGUGCAGGCGAGACUUUCAGAGUAGCACCUCCUUCAUCGGACUCGGUAUCUGCUGCGGCCAUACCCGGCACCGACACUCUUGCAAAAGACGUAGAAUUCUUCGGGCAACCGUCAUUUCUCACUGUUUCCUCUCAAUUACACCUCGAAGCCCUCGCAAACUCCCUCUCCCGUGUAUGGACGCUCUCACCUUGCUUCCGUGCCGAACGUUCUCAAACCAACCGACAUCUGGCCGAGUUUUGGAUGAUGGAGGCCGAGCUCGCUUUCGUGGACUCCGUGCAAGGCGUGUGUGACGUCAUUCAAGAUUCCCUUCAAGAGGUACUGCGAGAUGGGUUCGAUUCUCGAGACCGCGGCCUUUUGUGGAAGGAUGGAGACGAGAAAAAGUUGCGGCUCCUCGAGGAAGCGACAGAGAAGCGAGUAUGGCCUCUGCUGACCUACACGGAUGCUAUCAAGGAGUUGGAGACCCAGCAUGCGAAGACAGGAGAAUUCAGGUUCCUACCGAAAUGGGGUAAAUCCCUCCAAUCCGAGCACGAACGCUGGCUAGCCGAGACGCUCGUCAAAGGUCCCGUUUUCGUGACCGAUUAUCCACGCUCUAUCAAACCCUUUUAUAUGCGCCACAAUUCUGACGAGAAGACUGUCGCCUGCUUCGACCUUCUUAUACCCUAUCUGGGCGAAUUGGCGGGAGGGUCCUUGAGGGAAGAGAGGCUGGACGUGCUGGAGAAGGAGUUCAAAGAGAGAAGAAUGGAUCGGGAUGUUUAUGAGUGGUAUAUGGAGUUGAGGAAGUUCGGAGGGGCACCGCAUGGUGGAUUUGGUGUUGGCUUUGAGAGGUUGAUCAGCUGGAUCGGUGGCAUCGACAACGUGAGAGAGUGCAUAGCGAUGCCGAGAUGGUCGGGCAGAAUGAUAUUAUAG